CUUGAUCUAACUUUCAUGAUGCAACAAGCACUUCCAUACAAGUGAUCAUAUCUACCUACACCUCAUGAUGUAACUACCAGGAAUUCAUCCUUAUACGUUAAAGGUUCAAAAGACGACCUUAAAAAGGUUGUUAAGGACAACGCAGUUAUAAUCAUAGGAAAACGAGGUUGUUGCAUGAGCCAUGUAGUCAAGCGUUUACUUCAAUGUCUUGGAGCAAAUCCCACUAUUUAUGAAAUCGAAGAUGAAGACGAAAAUGAAGUUGUUGAUGAGUUGGAAAAUAUUAUCAGAGAUAAAUGUGAUGGGAAAGAGGCUGGAAAGUUGCAGUUUCCAGCAGUGUUUGUUGGUGGAGAAUUGUUUGGUGGAUUGGAUAGAAUUAUGGCUGCUCAUAUUACUGGAGAGUUGACUCCUGUUUUGAAAAAAGCUGGUGCCUUGUGGCUUUGAGCUUUUUCUUUUUUUUUUUCUUUUUUUUCGAAAACGAAAAGAAGAAUCUAUCAAUGAAAUGAUUUCACCGAAUUCAUGAGAAAUAGGGCUUUGGGUGGGUUUUUCUUUUUCUGCCUAUUUUGUUUAAUUGUAGUUUUAGACUAAUUGUUGAAGUGAAAUUCUUUUCUUUCCUCUUCUCUUUUUUUUUUUUUCCACUUUCUUUUUGGAAGUUGGGUAAUAAAUCAAAAGGAAAUCUUAGUAUCCUAAUUGGUUGAUUAUUUGAGUUUUCGUGUGUGUUGUUGGUGAGAGUUCGAUUUUUCUGCCUCUCCCGUUUCUUGUUCCGCUACCCGGGAUUCUUCGGAGAGAAAGGGAAAUUAUUAAUCAAAUAAAUUUUUGGAUCUUGAAAA